GAAACUGUGCGCGGAGCCGUCGUAGUGGACAGCAAAGAUGGCUUGAACCACCAAGGCAUCGUCAUGUCCGUUGAAGGCUCGGUCAGCCUCCAGCUCAGUGCAAAGAACCAGGGUGUGUUUGAGGCGUUUUACAACUCGAUCAAGCCCAUUCCGCUUAUCAACCUGCGUUUUGAGAUGCAAGCCGCGCAAAAGCUCCCGGGCGGUCAAACACAACUGCCCUUUGAGAUCCCGCUCAAGCCCAAGAAUGGCCAAGAGCUCUAUGAAACCUACCACGGUGUUUUUGUGAACAUCCAGUACUCGCUGCGAGUCGAUGUGAAGCGCUCCGCUUUUAGCAAGGAUCUUUCCAAAGCCAUCGAGUUUUUGGUCCAAGCCGAUGUCCCCGAGGAACCCGCCCGCCCGGUCAACUUCACCAUCAGCCCGGCCUCGCUGGAAAACGUGGGCAACCGCUCCUCGGUCCCUGAUUUUCUGAUCGAAGGCCGCCUUGCCUCGACUGCCUUUCACAUUGAUCAGCCUCUGGCUGGAGAGCUGCGAGUUACACACUGCGCUGAGCCAAUCAAAUCCAUCGAGCUGCAGUUGGUCCGCGUUGAGACCUGCGGCUGUCGUGAGGGCUAUGCAAAAGACCCUACGGAGAUUCAGAACAUCCAGAUUGCCGAGGGUGACGUGCAGCGCGAUGUCGCCAUCCCCAUUCACAUGAUCUUUCCACGCCUGUUCACCUGUCCCACCUUGAUCACGGACAACUUCAAAGUCGAGUUUGAGCUGAACGUAGUAACGGUCUUGCAACGAGGCGAGCUCAUCACGGAAAACUUUCCCCUCAAGCUCCUGCGAUGGCAACUGCCCGAAGCCGUCCUGGACUAG